CAAAUCCCGUCUUGCAUCAGGAGAGCGAGAGGUGAGUUUACGGCAUUGCUUAAUAUUUCCCACCCUCAGGCAGAACUAGUGACGCUUCUCUCUCGCAAUACAACCAGGACAAGAAAUAAACUAGUUGCAAGCCAACAACAAAAACAAAGUAGAGACGGUGCUAAUAGUUUGGUUGCAUUGGUGAAUUGUAGCGAUUCAGUGAGCGUUGCUUGCAGGUUGUUUGCUCCGCCCUCGGUUACCCCGGAAGCCGAGAUUCGAAUGUUGGCCCGCGAGAUUCGAAUGUUGCCCGGGGCCCGGGAACGUUCUGCGGCGAGAGCGAGCGGCGGCGGCGGCGCCAUGGUGUUGGAGCGCGGGGUUCCUGAUCUCCAAGAAAAAAUUGACUUCGAAACUCGGAUGCGGGAAGGAGCCUGCAAACUUCUUGCUGCUUCCACUCAGCGGGAUCAGGUGCUGCAUGCUGCUAAAAGCCUGCUGACAUGCAAUGCCCGCCUCAUCCGUUACAGAGCCGAGUUACAGAAGCAUUCAGAGGAUCAGAUCCUGGCCAAAGUGUCAAGGAGGUCUUCAAAGGCUGAGACAAAGGACCAUAUGCCGUGUUCUGGAAAAAUUGCAAUAUCUGAUAUUCGAAUUCCAUUAAUGUGGAAAGACACCGAUCACUUUAACGACCGAGGCAGGAGCCAGCGCUUUGCCGUCUUUUGCCUGCUGAAGGUUGAAGCCCAGAUUUUUGAGACAGAGAUGGUCAUCGUCGAUAAGGCUCUCACUGACAUCUGCUUUGAGGAUUUGAUAAUUUUCAAUGAUGUGAAGCCAAAUUUUGAGUUGAAGUUGGAGCUGUACAGCUGCUGCAUGGACGAAGUGUCUUCCAUUACCAACACUCCGAAGAGAUUAGCCAGAAAACUCAGUAGCUCUCUCACCAGGUCAAGUCGAAAGAAGCUCUUGACCGCACUGGAGAGUGGAGACCAUGGCUCCCUUCUGCUGACCAACCCAGUAGCAGCAGGUGCCAAAUAUCAUUUGCUUGCAGAAACCACAUUAAAUCUUGACGAUGUUGAAACUGGCUUUCGAACUCACAGCCUCACCAUCAUUGGAAAUGAAGAAGCUUCCUUCUGGCUACCCUUGUAUGGGCACGUAUGCAGUCGAUUAGUUGCUCAGCCCGAGUGCAUGACAAAGGAUAUGAUGUCUGGAUACCUGAAUCAACAGCAAAAUGUAGGCGGUCUCCCCAACUGGACAAGGUUGUACUGUGUCCUGAAGCGAGGCUACCUCACAGCGUAUUACUCUCCAGAAGAAAUCGAGGCACAAAUGGAUCCUGCACUAAACAUCGCCAUUGAUAAGGAGACCAGAAUCCGGACCCUGGGGAAAGAUUUGAAGAAAAGAACAUGCAGUUUUUCCCUUAUCAACCCCUACAGCGGGGAGACAACCAGCCGUGUGUUUGCUGCAGAUUCUGAGGGCGAUCUACAACUGUGGAUGGAGGCGUUCUGGCAGCACUUCUGUGAUUUGAGCCAGUGGAAGCAUUGUUGCAAAGAGCUUAUGAAAAUUGAGAUUAUGUCACCACGGAAACCACCUUUAUUCCUCACAAAACAAGCAACUUCAGUCUACCAUGAUAUGAACAUAGAGUCUCCAGUGAAGGACGAGGGUCUAAUGGACAUUAUCCGGGGCAAAAUCCAGGAGACGGAAGGGGAGUUCCUGCUCGGUCACGGAGAGGAGGCUCAUCCCCCACGAUGGGCAGCUCUCUUUGAGGGCAGUCACGAGGUGGUCUUCCAGAAGAGCAGACUGUCACCGCACGGUCCAAGCCCUCUGACCCCGACGUCUCCAGGGAGGGCCAAGAAGCGGCCCGCCCCUCCUCCGCCAGCGGGAAAGCAGCCGUACCGGUCGAUAAAUUCCGACCCGGAUCAGACCCGGAAAACCCCACCAUCUUCCGGCAGCGAGUCCAAACUGCGCCGUCCCCCUCCGUUGCCCCCCCUGUUGUCGGAGCUGCACAGUGCGAUCCCAGGUGAGGACGUCGUCCAGGCAACAGCCACCUUGCCGCCCGCCAGGCCGGUGCCCAUCCCCCGUCAGAAGUCCUCCCUCGGGGCCAAGCUUGAUCCCAGAACCCGGAUUCCAUCAGAAGUAUAGGUCGUCUUUGACGUGGACACACAGUACAUAGACACUGCGAAGAAUGUCAAUUGUUCUUCAGUUUGAACAUUGUUUGUUUUGAAUUUCCUCGAUCCACCUAAAUGUUUUGCAUUAAUUUGUCACUUAUACAGACCAGCCUCAAUUAUUGGUUCAUUCCUUGAAUAUUUCUCUCAGAAUCCCAAGUCCUAUAAUGUUUGGGACAAAGACCCAUCAUUUAUUCAUUUGCCUCUGUACUCCACUAUUUUAGAUUUGUAAUAGAAAAAAAAAAUCACAUGUAGUUAAAGUGCACACUGUCAGAUUUUAAUAUAGACCAUUUUUAUACAUUUUAGAUUCUUUAUGUAGAAAUUACAGCAGUGUUUAUACAUCGUCCCCCCAUUUCUGGGCACCAUAAUGUUUGGGACACAGUGCUGUCAUGUAAAUGAAACGAGUCAUGUUUAGUAUUUUGUUGCAUAUCCUUUACAUGCAAAGUCUGCGAUUCAUGGACAUCACCAGUUGCUGGGUGUCUUCUCUGGUGAUGCUCUGCCAGGCCUGUAUUGCAGCCAUCUUUAGCUUAUGCUUGUCUUGGGGACCAGUCCCCUUCCAUUUUCUCUUCAGCAUAGAAAAGACAUGCUUAAUUGAGUUCAUAUCGGGUGAUUGAUUUGGCCACUCAAGAAUUGAGCAUUUUUUGGCUUUGACAAACUCCUUUGUUGCUUUAGCAGUAUGUUUGGGAUCACUGUCUUGCUGUAGAAUGAACUGCCAGCCAAUGAGUUUUGAGGCAUGUGUUGGAACUUGAGCAGAUAGGAUGUGUCUAUACACUUCAUUAUGCUACAUGUUUUCUACAUGGUGAAACCAAAAUGUAUAAAAAUGUCCUUUAAUAAAAUCUGACAAUGUGCACUUUAACCACGUGGGGUUUUUUUCUAUUACAGAUCGCAAAUUGUAGAGGGCAGAGGCAAAUAAAUAAAUGAUGGGUCUUUGUCCCAAACAUUAUGGAGGGCACGGUAUAUUUUUAAUAAAGUUACAUGAUGCUGGAGUUACUCAGCGGGUCAGGCAGCAUCUGUGGAGGACAUGACGAAUAGGUAACAUUUGGGUUAGGACCCUUCUUCAGUCUGUCCUGAAACGUCACCUCUCCAUGUUCUCAGAGAUGCUGCCUGACCCACCGUGUUACUCCAGUACUUUGUUUGAAAAAAAUAUAUAAAUCAGCAUCUGCAAUUCCUUAUGUCCCUAUAUUUUCAAAACCUUGUCUGUGCAAUUUGUAGAAACCCCAGCAGUCUACCCACACCCACAACUAAAAUAAUUCCACAUUAGGAAAUUUUUCUCCACUGUUUUUCCCUCAUUUUCAUGUACACAAGAACUACGUUUCAGUGAAAAUUGAAAUUCAAGUAUAGCAAAAGGAGGAACUUUAAAAUACAGGCCUUACUUAUACGAACACCUGACUUAUAGACACCCCUGUAUAGCAGCAGGCUCUCUUAAUGUUAAAUUCGGAAGUUUGAUGUACAUACAUACGUUCCUUCCUACAAACAGAAGAACUAAUUUCCUUUCCCUGUCCACAUUCACAAUUAAUCUUUCUUCUCAUCCUCUGUACUUUUGAUCCGAUUCAUUGCAAAACUGUGGGGAGUCUGGUUACCAGAUUGAGUGACUUUUGUGUAUUUUCCAACUGAUCAGACAAAAUCGACUCAUGGACGCCAUUGAAAGCGGAAGGCGUUCGUAACGCAGGGACGGUCUGUCCUUGUUUUGUUCAUUAAUGUAUCUGUGCUGAUAGUGAAGAAUGUGUUGCAGUGAGAGGAAUAUCAGAAGUUUUGUUAACAUAUUUUAAAAGCUUAAAAAAAAACAAGGUGCUGUGUUUGUUUGGUUGCCCAGCAUCUACUGUUCCACUUGUCCCCAGCUCUUUGCAGCAGCAGGCAGCUCUUGGAAAUCCCAUAUUUCUCGAAUGUGCUUUCCCUUGAUGGACACUGUUAAAAAUAAAGUGACCCUGAUGCUGGGCUGAUAUUUUGACUGGGAUUGUUAACUGAAAAAUUAACUGAAAAUUGCAAAAUGAGCCAAUUCCACGUGAUCACCGCCAAUUCGAUUUCCAAUUGGUCAAGGCUCUACGAUUUUGUAAAAAAAAAAAAAGUCCUGCAUUUAUUUAUUAGGUGUCAUUCUUGUCUCUGAUCAUAUUUUUUAAAAUGUUGGCCUCGUUGCAAUGCAGCCGCCAGUUUCAGCACAAGGUCCCACUUAUAACAACGUGACAACUAGUAGAUAAAGUAUUUUAGGGAUGAAUAUUGAAUGCGUCAGUGAAUGCUGGAAAGAAUUCCUCGUGACACUGUUAUGAAGAACAGGGGCAAUACAGUGGUGCAGCUGGUAGAGCUGCUGCCUCACAGUGCCAGAGACCCAGGUUUGAUUCUACCUUGGGUGUUGACUGUGUGGAGUUUGCACGUUCUCCCUGUAACCACAUAGAUUUCCGCCAGGUGCUCCGUUUCCCACAUUUCAAAGACGUGCGGGUUUGUAGGUUAAUUGGCCCUAGUGUGCAGGCAGUGGAUGUGAAAGUGGGAUAACAUAAAGCUAGUUUGAACGGGUGAGCAAUGGUUGGCAUGGACUCAGUGUGUCAAAGGGCCUAUUUCUAUACAUCAUCUUUCUAAUGUAGCAAGGGCCAUGGUUGGAUCUUAUCUGCAGUUUGUAUUGACAGAAUCUAAUUCAUCACACUUCUUUGUUCUCUGGGUGUCUUCCUCUACCUGUACUUACCAAACCUGAUUGAUACUUGGCUGAAAACCCAGUUCCAAAGGCAGGUUUUACAGUUAUCUGGAGUUCAAUGAUUGAUGACGUUGAAACUGUACAUCAUUUAAGGUGUUGGAAGAGAUCUGGGGGAUUUUGCCCGGGUGAUACAGGGCAAGGACAGGAUUCUCAGCUGCAGGAGCUUACUUGUAAAUUGUCCUCGUCUCAUUAGGCUACAAGUCCAACCAGUGUUAAUUGUCCAGUUCAUUUGUGCAGUCGUUCCUUGCUGGCUGAUGGCAAGCUUUUGGAAACUUUGGAAUUAAAUGAUUUGGAGCUGGUACUGGAGAAUGAUGGUAAAGUAAAUAUUACCCUGAUCUUAUUGAAUGGCAUAGCAGGCACGAGGGGCCAAAUGAAUGGCUUCUGCUAUUUUUUUUUGUUUUGUUUUAUUUGACUGAUCCUAUUAUUCCAGUCAGAUGCUUGUACAGCCGAGAUCGAGCUAGGCUGUCUUUGGACUAGGGAGGAAUAUCUGUGUUUCCUUUCUUGGCAACCCAGUGUAAAACCAAAUAUCCUUCCCUAAUCCAGAGGUACACUGGGACAAUUCUCCUUAAAUGUGCUAAGUCGCACUUAUUUGCUACUUAACUGUCCACCUCUCCUCUAAGUUAAAUCUCCCAGCGUGUGCUACAAAUCAGAAUUUAGAAUCAGAAUGUUUUUGUACAUCUUUAGAGAUUCUAACAGUAAUUUUAUCCAUUUACUAACGUUUACUAUUUUUGGAUUAAAAUAGUUUGAAGCCUUGUUGUAUUUUUGAUGCGAUAUGGGACCUAGAAAAUAGGUUCCUAUUUAUAACUGUGGAAUGUAGAUUAAUAUUAUAAAGAAAUAAUGAGCCACAUUAAUCUCUAACUGUGCAGCUACCGGUGCCCGCUAUUUGACUUUCCUUUGUAUCCCUCUGUUCAAAAAGCCCUUACCUGCAGAAUUGGUGCUAAUAUGAGCGGCAGAACGAGGCAACCUCUCCUUAACCUGCGAGUAGAGUUGCAAAAUAAACUGCACCGUCUGGAUUGUAGGGGGUAAAUUAAAUGUCAUCGGUUGCAGGAAGAGAAAUGGAGAGAGGGAAAGGAAGGUUGGCCUGGGAGAGAAAUACAAGGAACAAGACAAAUUUGCUUUUAAACUUUUAAGAGUGGAGCAUUUUUUUUAAUUGUCGACAAAAAAAAUCAAAUCUGAAUGGAAUGACGCUUAUGAUAGAUAAUUUUUAAUAUCAGAUGAAUUAAUGGCAGUAAUUUAUAAUUAUAGCCUUGCUAGAAGAUCAAUGGUUAAUCUAGUCUCAUUAGGUGUUUAUCAUUGAUGAGGCAGACAGCAAGAUGCUGUUUUUACUGAGCUAGUGACAGAACAGUGCAAUUUGGAUAGAAACAUUGGGGUGUUGGCAUUUAACCAAACAUCAGUGAUUGCCUGGAGGUGCUGUAGCAUUUACAUUUGAUUAAUCACCAACAUCAUUAGCUCCAUUGUUAUUUUGACAAAGUGGGCAAUAGUGUUGAAAAGUAUAUGAACUGCGAGAGUACAUGCUAUGGUUAAAUGACUAGCAGAAAAUGUAGCUGUCAGGAAAUUGAGAUUAAAUUAAAUAUGAUUCAGUAGUUUUUUGAUGUUUAAGUGUUUCCUACUGUAUCCUUAGAAACAUUGUAAGCAAUGAUUUAACACUAAUACUACCAGUUUCCUUUCUCUCUAUGGCUUUCAAAAUUAAAUGUCAUCCCUGAU